AUGGAAUUUGACCAGCUCUCAAUUAUAUGUCCCACCUUAGUGGACUACCCCAUCAAAAGAACAAUGGCCUACGUGUAGCCGUACCCUCCCUUGCAAGGUGAAACGGAAGCGAGGGAACGUCUACGCAAACCUGACGCUAAUCGUGUUCCGUGACGUUACUGUAACUAAAGCAGAAUAAUGUCACCUGAUAAUAUUUUUUUACGAAGUGCCUCGUGUUAGCGUGAAGCCGGUUAUCGAGUUAAACAUCAACAUUGCAAUGAAUUAAUUUUCCAUUCGGGUAAAUUUGCAAUUGCAGCGUCCGAGUUCAAAUAUACAAUUUGCUCUAAGGAUAUAGGAAAGGAUUAUGAGCGAUUUUUGGAUAGAGUAAGAAGAGGACGAUGUUCGAUCAGCAUCACGCUUACGAAACUAGAUUUCAACGUCCACGCGGUUUCUGCUUGCAUCUGUAAACAGUACCACGGUCGUCGAAAAAAGUUGGAUCAUUUAUCGCAGAAUCUCAAGGUUUCAACAGAUUUCUUUAAGAGAUAUUUUUGCUGCAAGCAUUAAGAAAGAGCGACUCUUUUCUCAGUCGAAAGAAUCGUUGCAAGAAACAACAAGCUUUAAUUAAAUAGCUUCGCAGCACCGUUCGCAAAGAGACCGAAAGUUAAAGGCGGACAAUCCUCCAGGUCAAAGUACUUUAAGACAGUGCACCUUGUCUUCUGUGAGAGCUUUAAUAGAUAUAGUGACCGGUUUCAUCUACAGAAGAGAGGCGAUCGAUCACUGGCGCUGCUUGAUAUAUUAGAGAUAUCGUUACCUUCGGAAAACGUAUCUAUGGCUAUCUGCUGUUCUUCUUGAAAUGUCUCUAUCCCAAAAUUCGCGCAAACUUGACUUAAAUCCUAUUGGUAGAUAGCUGUUGUCUAAAAAGUUGAAUGUGAAAGUGUUUGUUCUCCAGUUCGUUAGUAUGAAAACAAAUUACCAAAUCUAGCCAAUCAGAAUUGACGAAAGAAUCAACCAAAGGGGUUAACCAAUAAAAAGUCAAUAUAUAUUUUCUUGCAAAAGAGUGACUUCACGGAACAUGAUUAGUGUCAGGUUUGCGUCAGUAGACGUUGCCUCGCCUCCGUUCUACCUUAGGGGUGGGGGGAGGGUACGGCUACACGUAAGCCAAAAGAAAAACUAUUUAUUUGAAAGACUCGUUGUAUGAAAAUGUAUGUAUCGUAGACAAGAAGGGUUGUGACAACUGUAAUGCAACAGGAGGACUCAGUGUUUUAUCCUGUAAUGAUCGAGUGAGAUACAUUUAUUACAGGGUUGUAUUUCAGCCUCAUACGGUUAAUCCAAAUGAUCCAAAGUCAGUGAGAAAGGGAAAUACUUAUACUUUAUAA